AUGUCUCUCUACACCUCCUUCGCAGUUGCAGGCGCAGGCCCCACAAUCGGUGGCCGUAUCGCUUUGCUUGAGCGAGGGCGCGUCAGUAGUUGCUCUCGCUCGACCCUCGAGUACAUCGACAGCAGCCCACUCCUCGAGGGCGCAAAGAUUGCCACGGCCGACUAUGCUGACGUCAAAGCAGUCGCCUCCAUUCUCCGCGAGCAUAAAGUGGAGGUCGUGAUUUCUGCAUUGGCAUACGGCGCAUUACCUGCGCAGUCUACUAUCGCUGACGCUGCCAAGGAAGCUGGUGUAAAACUUUUCGGAGGCAAGGGUGGUCACCUGGUCAUCAAAUCACAGUUUGCUGACUACCUGAAGUCAUUGGGCAUUCCUUCAGUGCGCUUCUAUACCGGGAUGUUCAUGGAGUUCCUCCCACAGUUCGCUGGAGUUGACACCGGGAAGUUCAUGGUCCUUGGCAAGGGUGAUGCUUCCUUUUCUACCACUGCCUUGGAAGACGUUGCAGGUUUUACCGCUCACAUUCUUACAUCCCUCCCACCGGCUAAACUCCAUGAUGCUACGUUCCGCAUCGAGGGAGAACGCACAUCCUUCAAUAAAGUUGGCGCCCUAUAUGCAUCCAAGAAUAUUGCAGUAGAGCAUGUCACCUCCCUUCCCGAAGGAUACGUUAAGCAGACUCUUUUGCAAGGCUUAUUUGAGCAGGGCCGAGGCAGCUCCGGGUGGGACAACUACGCCGACAAGGACAUCCCGGAGAAUGCUCAUAGCGGUAAUGCACUAUGGCCUGGGCACCAGUGGAAGAGUGUCAAGGAUGUGUUGGAAUUGUAG